CCAGUACGAAACGGCUGCAGUUCACAUGAAAAGAGAUCUUGACGGCAUCGCUCUUGUCCACUCGGAUCCUUCCCCGUCCACAGAUCACGCCGCCCAAAGUCAAUUCCACAGCCAGAUCUCAUUCGUUCAUCGCUCUCCUUGAUAGAUCAAGUUUCAUCGACGAAAUACUUGCUUCCGUCGAUUUAGUUGACCAAUUCUUUUCUCUCCCUACGGCUAUGGAGCAGGUUUUCUUUCUCUUCCUUAAUCAAUUCAGAUUAAGCCUGUGCCGAUACCAAGGAGCAUAGAGAUGGGAACUCCGUUCUUCCAUGAGUUCAAGAAGCAGGCUUCUUUUUAUCUCAGAGAAAAGAUCAAGCACGCUCGCUUAGCUCUCACUGAUGUCACUCCAGUAGAACUGCUGACUGAGGACGCAACCAGUGGGAAUCCAUGGGCGCCGGAUGCGAAGACGAUGAGCUUUAUAUCAAGAGCUGCUUUUGAGAUUGAUGAUUUCUGGAGAAUCGUUCAGAUUCUACACAAAAGGCUUGCAAAGUUUGAUAGAAAGUACUGGAGAGAACCCUACAAUGCUCUCGUAAUUCUUGAGCAUCUUCUAACUCAUGGACCAGAGAGCGUUGCAGAUGAGUUCCUGUGUGAUAAAGAUGUCAUAAAUGAAUUGGGCAAUUUCCAGCAUAUCGAUGAGAGAGGGUUUAAUUGGGGAUUUGCUGUAAAGAUGAAAUCAGAGAGGGUAUUAAAGUUGCUUGAGAAAGGACCAGUGCUGAGAGAAGAGAGGGAUCGAGCUCGAAAGGUUACAAGAGGCAUACAAGGCUUUGGAAGCUUCAAUCAGAGAUGGUCAUCACAUGGCACCAUGGAUGGAGUUAAUCAUUCUUCUGAUUACUUUGGAAGAUGGAAUUCUCAUUACGAAGGAUAUGGCCAACAGGAUCAUGAAGAUCGUGGUUCUAAUUCUGAUUCUGAGGCUGGUUAUCAGAAGAACAAGGUUAUUCUUCCUGGUGAAAGAUCCAUGAAUGGAGAAAUUACUCCUAACAACCAUGAAAGAUCAGGGGGAGAAAGGACGAGUCUUGAUGAUGAGGACAAAAGCAAGGGGUUUCUUCCUGAAAAAUCGAAGCUAAAAAUUGAGUUACAGAAUGAAGAGCAUCCUUUUAAUAGCCAUGAGCAUCAGAGAAUGGAAUCAGUGCUCCUUUUGAGACAAUCAUGAGAAACAACGGUUAUUUGAUAGGUUGGUUUAUAUACACAGUUAGGUGGCUUAAAGAAGGUUGCUCCACUUUCUCAGUGAAGGAAACUAUUACCAAACCAAGGCAUGAAAGCAUUGGAAAAUGCAGAACAAACCUAGGUUUUUGUCCUUACUUUCUGGUUUAUUUUUGUUUCUGGUUUAUAAUCUCGAUAGCAAGUGAAUUAUAAGGAUGUUGGUGCUGAUUCUAUGUAUAUUUCUUCUGAUGCAAUACCAAAUACCAGUUCUGUAUUGUUGGUCAUCUGUACUGCUUGGUUUCAUGGAGUUUGUUACUGAGCAUUUAAAAAUUCCCGAGGGUAUGCAUUUAAGGAAAAAGUUUACAUGUGUUCAGUGCUUGGAAAACAUUGUCACUUUUUCCUUUCUUUACGGGAUCUGCAAAACCUUACCACUCUUUC